AUGGACACAGCCUCACUCCCUGUCAUUCAGCAGGUAGAAUCUAACAACCCAGAACGUCAAGACGUGGUAUUUCUUGCCGAGGGUGACGCAGUACCGAACCAUACAGGCGCCGAGGCCAAAACGCAGAUUGCCCUUAACAUCCAGAAAGAAGCUUAUACCUACAGCGAUGCUGAGCAACAGAUUACAGCGUUUGACAUUAACGAGCCAGAAUCAAGGAAUGGACCAAACGACGCUUUCCCUGAAGGUGGCCUACAAGCCUGGCUUGUCUUGACCGGUGCUUUCCUCGCUCUAUUCGCAUCGUUCGGCUUCAUGGUGUCCAUUGGCACAAUCCAAGAAUACCUUCAGAUGCACCAACUCUCAACCUACACGUCCCGCGACAUUGGCUGGAUUCCUUCAGUCUUUGUCUACUUGGCACUAGGACUAGGCAUCUGGGUCGGCCCUCUCUUUGACCGGUAUGGUCCACGGUGGAUCGCAUUGUUGGGAAGUACCAGUUACGUGGUCAUGGUCUUUCUGUUGGCAGAGUGCGAAAAGUAUUGGCAAUUUCUACUUUGCCUUGGAUUCCUGGGUGGAGCUGCUGGGGCGACAUUGACUACAACGAGUUUGGCUGUGGUGAGCCACUGGUUUAAGCGGAAGAGAGGGCUCGCGCAUGGGAUUGCAAUGGUGGGAUCGAGCUUCGGCGGCGUCACGAUUCCCCUGAUCCUGAGGACUACCCUUCCGAAAUAUGGGUAUGCGUGGUCCAUGCGUAUCCUGGGAUUUUUGUUCCUGGCGUGCUUGGUUAUCGCCAAUGUGUUGAUGAAGCCGCGCUUGCCGCCAUCGCCUGAAGCACGGAAACAGGCAAUCAUAUCGUUAGGAUUGUUUGGCGACCUGAAAUUCACCUUUUUGACGAUCAGCGUCUUUGGGUUCGAAAUUGUUUUGUUUGGUGCCUUGGGCAUUCUCCCAACCUACGCGAACUACGGCGACAAGUUCCCGCACGAUACAGGAUUCUAUAUCAUAUCAGUCCUCAACGCCUCGUCUUGUUUCGGACGGAUCAUCCCGGGCUAUGUGUCCGACUUUGUGGGUCGCUUCAACACCCUCCUGUUCAUGAUCCUUUUCACCUUGAUCCUCAUGCUCGCUGUCUGGCUCCCGCUAGGCCACACCUCUCUGGUCGCGCUAUACGUCUUCGUUGCGCUCUUUGGCUUUGGCACCGGCUCGUGGAUGGCGCUUACUCCGGCAUGCAUAGGCCAACUCUGCGAGGCCGAUCAGUUUGGACGGUUCUACGGGACGUGCUAUUUCAUCGGCAGUCUCGCGGCUCUCGUCUGCAUUCCAAUUAGCGGAGAGCUCGUGGAGGCGGCCGGCCCGGAAGUUAUGGUCGGGUUUAUGUGUGUUGUCGCGGGCGUGGGGAUGGGGACAUUCAUCCUCAGUCGGUGGGCUUGUUUGGGGUGGCGGUGGCGGUGGAUGGCUAAGGUCUGA